AUGCAUCCAAACGUGUCUCCACAGCCUGCCUCUGGCGCCGGCACCCCGGCCGAAUCCGCCAAGAGCGGCGUCGCGUCGCAGGACAAGAAGGGAGACGGAGGAGGAGGGCAAGAGGAGAAAAAGUCUAGCCCGCUGAUCACCGAGGAGCCCAAGCAAGGAGGAGACCAGGCCGGCGAGGGCAAGGAGGGCAAGGGAUUCAUGGAAACAUUGAUGGGCUUCAACCCGCUCGCCUAUGUCCGCCGCCAGAAAGUGGAGAGGAGGGACUCCCUUGAAGUCCUGCGCAAGCGUCGUAUGAACAAGGAGGACACGGCCGAGCCGUUCCCUUUGCAACAGUGCCUGGCGUUCGGCCUCACCGCCAUCUUGGUGAUCAUCCUGGUCAUCUACGUGGUCGUCGGAUCCUCGUCAACUGCUAUUAGCUCCUCCUCGACGCCUGUUGAUAAGGAGCCACCAAACGAUCCUGACAAUGAUACGGAGGACAUCGUGGAAGACCUUAUGGGUCCUCCCGCCCAAGCUGUUGCAGACGACGCCCGCGAAAGAGACUUGGUGUUCCUGCUGGCCGACUGGAAUACGACUACGGCCAAAACCGCCACGUUGGCCGUGAAAGACACGGCGGCGGAUGAAUUGAAUGACGUUGACGACGAAGGUGUGUCAGACGACACAGGGAGGACGACGUCAUAG